CUCAGUGUAUACCGAGAAGUCAUCGCGGUCGGAUGGGAGGAUUAGAUUGCGAGAAGUAAGGCGCGCGCGCAAAAGACGUAAAGAGGGGCGAGAGAAAGAGUUGGCUUUCGGUCAGUAGUGUGUCGUGCAGCGAACGCGCGCGCGUCUUGGCUCGAGUGAUCUAGAAAACGUAUCGAACGUCCGGCUGAAUCUCGGAUUGCAAAAUUAUUUCGACACAAUUCGCCAUUUGUUUAAAAUAAUUUCGUCAAAGUUUGCAAACAGUUCACACCUCGAGCCGCGCGUCAGUGAAAACUUCUUUAUGCACCGCGCGCCGUUCUACCGGAUUUCAAAAUUCUUAACACCAAAACGCCGAAGGUAGCAUGCAAAAUCACAAAUGGGUCGCAAUGAACAUCUUACUCUUUCUCUUCAUUGGCUCACUACAUACUACAAUUGGCAAUCCUAUCCGAGACAGGUUAAAGAGGGAAGCGGAAAUAGCCGCGACCAACUGGACGCAACUCGCGGACGCAUGGUUCGCUGACAGAGCGAGAGCCGCAGAAGAGAAGGUGGACAUCGUUACCAUUUUACCACUAAACGACAAACUCAGGGACCUGCCACCGACCGCAGAAACCGUUCUCAUCAAUGGCACCAAUCCGAAUUUGCUCGCAAGGUAUAAUUAUUCUCGGAUGUUAUGGGACAUGGAGUCUGUGCAGCCAAGCGGACAUCUUUCUGGAUUCGUGAAUAAAGCGUUAAGGUUGCUAGACUUGAGGCAAGUAAUGAUGGAGGUUGAGACGUCUGUAAUGUCGCAAGUAUCUUGCUCCGCGUGUAAAAUUGGCGCGGGACUUCUUCAACACUACAUAAAGACUGGCAAAAGUGACGAAGAGAUUAUGAACAGUAUUUAUCAAUUUUGUAUAUCGCUUAAAAUCCAAAGCCCUCGAGUCUGCCAAGGGGUGACGUUACUUUUUGGGGGAGAAGUUAUUUACGUUUUAAAGCAAGUGAACAUGGGCCCACCGCAAAUCUGUAGUUUCGUAAUUGGGGACGCUUGCGAGGACGCGUACAAUCCUCUGCACGAGUGGGAGGUGGCCUUCCCACCGGUGAACAAACCGCCUGUUAAACCUCCGAUACCACCUCAAGAAGGUGCGCCGACCUUCAAAGUCCUUCAUAUCUCUGAUACGCAUUUCGAUCCUUACUACCAAGAGGGCACGAACGCGGAUUGUAACGAACCAUUAUGCUGCAGAUUGACCAACGGAGCACCCCUGACUCCAGCCGCUGGUGCUGGCCGAUGGGGUGACUACAGAAAAUGCGACACGCCAAAAAGAACAGUCGAACAUAUGCUCAAACAUAUCGCUGACACGCAUACCGAUAUAGAUUACAUAUUGUGGACCGGUGACUUGCCACCUCACGACGUGUGGAACCAAACGCGCGAGGAGAAUUUGAACAUUUUACACGAUACGGUGACACAGCUCAUUGAAACGUUCCCUGGAAUUCCAAUCUUUCCAGCUCUAGGAAACCACGAAACUGCUCCCGUUAAUAGUUUUCCACCACCAUUCGUUCCAAAAGAAAACGAUAUAUCCUGGUUAUACGACGCACUCGACACACAUUGGAGACGCUGGUUACCAGCUGGAGUUUCGCGCACCGUUCGAAGAGGUGCCUUUUAUUCGGUCUUGGUGCGUCCAGGUUUCCGAAUUAUCUCUGUAAACAUGAAUUAUUGCAACAACAAAAACUGGUGGCUGCUAAUCAAUAGUACAGACCCAGUAAGCGAAUUACAAUGGCUCAUAUAUGAGUUGCACGGAGCUGAAAUGAGUGGUGAGAAAGUUCAUAUUAUUGGGCACAUACCACCUGGUCAUUCGGAUUGCUUGAAGGUGUGGUCUCGAAAUUAUUAUCAAAUCAUCAAUCGGUAUGAGUCGACUAUCACAGCACAAUUCUUUGGACAUACUCACUACGACGAAUUCCAACUCUUUUACGAUACCUCUGAUCUUGGAAGAGCUGUCAGUAUAGCUUACGUUGGGCCGUCAGUUACACCUUAUACUGACCUUAAUCCAGGAUAUAGAAUAUAUUACGUUGAUGGGGAUCAUGAAAAAACUACUAGAUUAGUUGUGGACCAUGAGACCUGGGUGAUGAAUUUAAAAGAAGCAAAUUUGUACGACUACCCUAUCUGGCAUAAAAUGUACAGUGCCCGACAAGCGUACCAAAUGUCGUCCCUGUUGCCGAAAGAUUGGGACUCUUUGAUAGAUAAGAUGAGUAAUGAACCGUCGCUCUUUGAUCUUUAUUACAAACAUUACAACAAAAAUUCCCCUGUAAGACCAUCGUGCAACGACGAGUGUCGAAAAAGGUUGCUUUGCGAUUUGCGAAGCGGAAGGAGUCACGAUCGCAAAGCACUAUGCCAAAGUCUCGAAUCCAGAAUAGAUAACGAGACAGGAACAGGGUGGCGAGUUUGGAUUUACAACGGACUAUCUUUGUCGUACGUACAUGAUUGGUGGCUUGAUUCUUACUCUGCCGUUAAUGAUAACAACUUAAUCGAGGCAUAAUUUAUAGAUAACACUCUAUCCUGCAAGUAUUGUGCUUUACGAGUACUUACACGCAAACUUCUAACGAGAACACUUGGCGUAUUUUUUCCACGUGAUUUCUAUAUAUAUUAUGCUUUUUCUUACGAAUAUUACUUACAGUAUAUGCAAUUUAAUCGUGUGGUAUACGUGUAUUUUGUUUGUAUAAAGAAUUUGCUUGAGAUUAUAGACUUAUAUAGAAAAGUAGCGAUACAUAUGAAAACGUAGAUUAUUAGUAGAAAAUUAUUUACUUUUAAAUAAGCAAAUAUUAUUUCUGUCACUUGUACAUUUACUCCACGCUAUUACUAUAACGUUUUCUUUUAAUUGCUACAGUAAUUCACAGCCAAAGGGUUAAUUAUAAUUCUUUGUCAGUUACCAAAAAUUUUUAUCUGUGAAUAGUUUCAUACUUAUUUAGUAAUUCGAUACAGAUAAUGAAUGUUGUGAUAUAAAGUGAAAAUAAGGAGCAAUUAUACAGGAAUUUAACGGGUGAAAGAUACUUUACUAAUCUAUGCACUUUAAUUUACUGUUCCUUUACUAUCUGCUUAAACUAUCUAUGGUCAGUUUGAUUUCUAUGAAAAAUCACUAACUACGAAACACCUUUGUACAAAAUAUUACGUACUAAUGUCUACUAAAUAUUUAAACUUGUGUACAUUAGUACAAGUUGUUUUUAUACUUUGCUUAAAUUUCUUCAAUUCACGUCCACUUCCUUCACCUGAGAAUGUCAACUAAUGCGUGCAUGCAGAGUGCCAUUUAUGUAUAGAGUUAUAACAUUAUUAUGUAAGAUGCAUACGUUAUUUGUAUGUUUCAGAGGUUUCUUUGCAAAACAAAUAGUUCCAUAAUAUUUCAGCACUGAAUGUAACAUUAGUACGUUCUAUUCUUCUUGUAGGUAUUAAUCUAUUUUAAAACUGUCAUACUUGUAAAUAUUAUAUCGAUAUAAUAAGGAGAACGAUAUUAUUAAGAUAUUUCUAUAUAAUUAUAUAACAUGGAAACACUGUAAAUGCAUAUUUUAAUAAAAUACAAAUUCUGUCCUA